AUGAAUAUGUUGGAUGAUGAAGAUGACCAAAGCUUUCACGCUACGCGUGACGGCUACUCCCAUUUGAGCGAUGUCGAAUGGGAUGCGGUUGAACGAAUGGGUUCGACCAUGGGCAUCCAUGCUGUUAGCGUCAUGCUAGAGGCUCUCAAUAGAGAUGCCCAACAUGCUACUAUCGCCAAGUUCAUUCAAAAUGAACUUGACGCAGAACGCGAGAAAGUAGCCUUGCUUCACCAACAAGGUUCUCAACAAGCAGAGUUGUUGAGAGAACAAGGUGCUCAACAGUUUGAACUGUUGAGACAGCAGCAGGCUGCUGCUGGCGGGUCGAUGCACUCGCGUCGACCCGAGACUUUGAAGAUUGACAUCUCAAAGGCGCGUCGCAUCGACGACGGGGAUAUGCAAGUUGCAUUUGCCCAGUCAAAUCUGGCAGGACGUGCCAAGACUUGGGCACUGGGGCUCAAGCUGCACGACCCAUAUGCGUUUGGGUCGUUGGAAGUCUUCAAGUCGCGGCUCAGACAAACGUUUGAACCGCCUAGAGCUGAGUUCAGAGCUCGAACCGAACUCUUGAAGCUCAAGCAGGGAAGUUCCAAUCCGGUGGAUGAACACACGUUGGUUUCGGUGUUCAUGCAGGGUCUUGCGGAUGGUCCCGUCAAGACUCACCUGUUCCGGCUUGAACUAGAUUCACUAGAACAAGCCAUUUCAAUUGCGGAGCAGGAAGACUUCAGUCUGAGACAGGCUCGCGCCAGCUCGACAUCAUAUCGUCAACCGAGACGAUAUGACAACGGAGGUCCAGAGCCGAUGGAACUCUGUUAUGUAGAGAGCGAGAAGGCUCGCUCUACAGGCUACAAGAAGUUGCAGAGAUGCAACAGAUGUCAAAAGACAGGACACUACGCUUACAAGUGUAGUGCCCCUCGUCCAGUGUCUCGCGACACUGGGCGUAGUGACCGUCCACCCAUGAGAAAGGGGCAGGGACGAGGGUCCGCAGUUGGUGCAAAGACGCAACAACGGGAUGGACCGUCAAAAAACGGACAGGAUCAGUAG